CUAAAAACGGUAUCGUAAGGGGUGAGCAUGACCUUGUGACACCUUGCUUACUGAAGCUUUUCGCCACUGAUUAACACAGCUUUCAUUUCACGAAGCAAACCACAACAGUUAACUGACGUUUCGUGGCUAAAAGAAUUGCUACAAUUAACACUUUAAAAAGGAGCUGCUAUUUUGCUGACUAAAGUUUAUCAAAGUACUCGCUGAAAGAACUGGUCGAGGUAAGAAAUACUUGUAGAGGGGUCCAAGGCAAUAACCGUUUAUGUUUGUUUUUAUUUUUGUUAAUAGAGAGAUCCACUAUGAAAGCGUAUUUUCGAUACUUGUGGAUUAAGUGCUUUUCAAUUUGGCAAGAUUUUGUUCAAGCGCAUUAGAUCGCUUUUUUGAUGCUUGAGUUAAUCGGUUCAUUAUGAUCGUGAGGGAGAGGGAGUUUAACGACGCUCGGUCGAUCUAUGAGUUAACUUAAUGAAAUUUCAUUUAUCCAUCAUUUCAUCCUCAUCAUUCCCGGUUAUCUUACGAACCAACUUUAUGACUAGCUGCCAGUUGGUUUGCUAGCUUAGUUAAUAAUUGAUUAGAGCGCUUUACCGGUAUCACAGAUGUCAAGAAUCACUGACUGCUGUACUCCUGUAUCUCUGCCCUCUUGUUCCCUCCUCGGCUAGCACCUGCUAUUUGCGGGGGGAAACUGACUUCAUGUAUUUCAGUUGUUAAUAAAUUGUGUGAGUGUGAGUGUGAAUCCCAGCAGGACUGAAUUUUUCAGGUUUUCUUUUCCCAACUGCAUAAGGUUGCGUCCUUAAGUAGCUGCGAUCAUCUUUACAUUUAUUUUAACAUCUACUGUUCGACUGUUAGAUUGUUUCAAUGACUGUCGAUUUUCGUCAUGUAGAUUAGAUUUUUACUCUUUUAAGUCAUUACGAGUUUUAGUGUAGUGAAACAAAGUUCACUGUUGCUUACCAUUAGAAAAUACGUCUGCAUGGUGGCAAAGUUUUAACCAGCUUUGUCACUCCUAACAGAAAGCAGUCACUGGGUCGUAAGUUAGUUGCUACGUAGCCUUACGGGGCGGCCAGGGGAAAAAACAUACGCUAGAAAUAUGGGUACUUUUGCAUGAGCAUUAUACGUUGAGGGCACACGGUAUACCUAAGUGGAACAAUAGGGACAUUUAUACGAGGAAAUAAGACGCAAACUGUCCUGUAUAAACGGCAUAUUUCGUCUCUAAUAAGACACGACUUAGCUAAGACGGGUCUUAUCUUAACAUAGUCCUUUACACUGUUCUUAGAUAAGACGCGUCUUAGCUAAGUCGCGUCUUAUUUGAGAAGAAAUGUGCCGUUUAUGCAGGACAGUUUGCGUCUUAUUUCCUUGUAUAAAUUUCCGUAAUCUGUAUCUAGUAGAGUCUGAAAAUCGUCGCUUAGGACGAUAGGUAUUAGUAGUAAGUUGUAAUGAACUGUUACGGCUUUUUUAUUCCAUCUAUUCCUACUACUGGCAGAUGUUAACAUUUGGCAGUCAGUAAAAUAAAUUUAAAGGGGAACCCUGUGCAUAUUUCUUGGUAUUUCAGGGAAGCAGUGGAUGAGAAUAAAAGUUUGAGAAACAGCUGGUUAAGUAUGCAAAUUUGACGCGACGGUCAAAUUUGACUACGGUCAAUAGUGAUAAAUAGUGAAAAUUUGCAUAUUUUCCAACCCUUCUAUCUUCGACACAUUUCCUCCACCGCAAGUGUUGAGCAACAGAUUACAAACCUACAAUGUCCUGUGAAAUGACUAACAGACGACAUUGGUCGUCCUGGGGUGCCAAUUUCUCUGAGAACAUUUGUGUUCAGAAGGUUCAUGAAGGCAUUCAUUACGAAAAUCCGGUUUAAUGAGUCACCCCCCACUAACUAUAAAAUCGGCCUUUGGAAAUCAGCACUGUAUCAGUUCUGGAACUGUUUUGAAAUUUUUGUUUUUCAAGUUCAUUCACAAAAUAAUGACAGGUUACGCUGUUAAUGUUAAAAUUCCAGAAACAAAUUUCAAUUACACUAAUUAAAAAUAAAAGCAGUUCGAGAUAACAUACUGAAGUGGAUGACUGCUGCAUUUUUGUGAACCUUAAAAAUAAGAGCACUUUAUAUUAAUGAGGACAAGCUUUUGUCCGAAAGCAUAGUGGAUGACUUCAUAGUGGAUGACUUCUAGUUCAUUACAAUACACUCUUUAAUGUGAAAGGAAAAGUAUUCAUGAUAACUUAGACUCCACUAAAGAAAUACCAGUCACAUCAACCAAGUAAAACCAAGAAAGGCAACUAUGUAUGGAUUAGACAGUUUGACAGAACAUUCUACAGUUAAUGUCGAGUUCUCAAGGGAAUCUGUUAGUUUCAUGUGGAAGGACAGGGGGCUGGGACCCGGGAAAAUGGGCCGGGGCGGGAAGGGUGGGAAGCCGGGUGGGAGUUCUCAACGGGUGGAAAGUGGGAGGAAUAACGGGAAAUUACUUUUAGAUGCUCAUUACAGUUUGCAAUUGAAAAAGGGCUAAAGAGAAAAAGACACGAAAAGAGGAGCGGGAGCUGGGAAUUCAAGGUACGGGGGCCGGGAGGUCUGUAGCCCCUGUUUCCACAGUCUUGUUUUCCAGAGAGAACCUAUGCUUCCCCUACUCGAAAGUCGGAUUAGGGGAAAACAAAAAUAACCGUUUUCUCGGGGACCAGACCUUUCAUUUUUUGUUGCAUUUUCUUGUGUUUUCUAGAUCAUUUCUCUUUACCAGUAGAUGUAUUUCUUUAUGUGAUAGCUUCGAAAAUCUUCGCUGUUAAGCCUGAGGGUCCAUUUUUGCAUUGUUGUGUUCAUUCACGAAAGUGAAAACUGGCAACGUUCUCACCGUCUUAUGUCACGCCACUUUCCAUCAUGCCUUGAUCACGUGCUCUUUAAAAAUAUGGAAAACCCACUAAUUGCGGGGAGGAUUCAAUUAGAACGGUUUAUCUCAAGGGAGGUUUUUGAAAAAAUAGGUAGUACCUUUCAAGGUAUUACUUGUUUUCUAAAUUUUACUAAAAUCCCAGACAAUUUUCGUACCAUUUGGCGACAAUUUAAACCAGUACUAUUCUAUUUCCGAGAAGACAGCCACUCCCAAGACGGCUAAACUGCAAAACAGUCCGUAUUUUUACGUAUUCAAGUACGCGCAAGCAAUCAAACAGAAGGUCUGGAACGAGGCUGAAAACGGAGCAUACGACUCUUACAACACGCUUCACCGAUUUCUUUGCUGAUUUUCAGAAAAAAACCGACUGUUUCGCAGUGUAAAGAUGCCGGAUUCAAGUAAUGAAAAAACGCUGUUUUUUUUUUUUUUUUUCGCUCGCCUCACACGCGCUACGGGCGUGUGAGGCUUGCGCGCUUCGCGCGCAUACGACUCUUACGCCACGCCUCAUCGAUUUCUUUACUGAUUUUGAGAAAAAAACCGACUGUCUUGCAGUCCAAGUAAUGAAUGGUUACUAUUCCAAAUCGUUUAUGUCGUGACAGCUGUUUUAUUCUCAUCAUAAUCGCCACUGUUACAAGACUUCUUGCAACACAAAUAUAGCACUCUAGGUGAGAAAGAUUGAAGUUUUGGUCGUCGGUACUUGCGUCUAUCUUUGCUUUCGUGUUUCGUGCUUUUCGUGAUUUAGCCAGGACAAAGUACCGUGAUUGGUUGAAAACGAGCAACCAUUAUUUCGGCGGCGAUUUCAUAGUAACAGCAGCUCAUUUUUCAGUUAUUAUGAGACUACUCAUAGUUUUGUUCCGACUUGCAAACUUUGAUUAGAAACUCGCCGACUUAACAUAAAAAAGCAUCGAAAUAGCCUUAGAACUGGAAAGGUUCUCAGUAUACCAAUCAUCGCAGAUGCCUUAACAAGUUGUGUUGUACUUUUAGAACGCGAUCUGUUUGUACUGGCAAAUUCCUGAAGAGCAAAGUUUAAUUAACCUGCGUCAUGGAACCAACCGGUUCCACAGUUCAUAUUGGUAAAACUACCACUACGGUUAAAGACUAUGAAUAAGUUAUAGUCUAAACUCACUCCGAAGUACUACUGCCAACAAUUUUGCUAUGUCGUUUCCCAAAAAACUACGAGCAGCAUGCUUGACUUGACAUAAUGUAUUCGGGGUCUUUCCCUCUCCCUCUCUCGCUCCCUCCGAACCUUGUUGUUUUUCUAUGGUUGUCUGCUACAACGUCUUCAACUUCAACUAACUCAUCCAAAUUUUGGCCACCCAAAUAGCUGAACUGUGGACCUGCAAUUUAGACAUGUUUGGUAUAGCCGCCGAGCAAGAGAUCUUUUAUUGCACUUCCUCUUCACUAAAAAGGUGCGCGCUUCCACCAACGCAUUUCCGAGGGUGUUUUUGACUAGCAAUUAAAAAACUAAUGAAAUAAUAGAAAUUAAAAAUUGAAAGUUAGACUAGCCACUACCCAAACAAUUUGUUGUUUUCCCCCAAAACACCCGACCUAAGCAAGAAACUACAUAAUUGACCAUUUUCAGUGCUUUAUGAUAUAGCUUUGAAAAUGGUCAUAUGUCUUCUCCAAGUGUCCACUUCUAAACUACAUAUUUUCGAAAAGAAGUCGAUAUCACUUGACUUGAAAACAACAACCUAAUUAAAACUACCGGUAUGGGCUGGACCUUGGAGUCUUAAACCAACCUUUUAUUGAAAGAAACUCUUAACGCAAGACAAACCUAAACCCUUAAGCAGUUUUAAAAUACUUCGUGAGACCAUGAUAAACGGAUUUAACCUUAGGAAUAAACAGAUUGUACGCUAGAUUGAAACAAAAGUCCUUGAUUCCUUGUGCUCCUUCUAUCCAUAACACUUUUGAUCCCUAUUAGUUUAAACAUGCGUCACGUACUUUUAGCAGUUUAGAUGGGGCUGCCAAAACCAUUAGUCUUAGUUUAUUUGAAACAGACCAACCAAAAGAAGUAAAUGUUCUUUACAUUAGUUAAGCAAGCAUGUAGAGGAGACUUAAAAAGACACAAUUUCACUUUAAUGUGCCUAUAAAUAGAAACUUUGUUUAAAUAACGGCCCUCACACUUCAGCUUUUUCACCUGUAGGCCUUAGUGAAGGACGUGUCAUCUGUUAGAGCUCAAAAAACUACACGUGCUCAACUGCAUCACAGAGGUGGCGUCAAAAGGGUUUCUCCUUGUCGUAAAACUACUUUACAAUGGAUUCAUGGAGCUCUUGGCAAGUUUUCUCUCUUCUUUGCUUUAUUACCCUUAUCAGCACGACAGAUUGUCGUAUUUUCUCGCAUGUCCAUGCUCGGAGUGUAAAUGGACCUGGAGCACAAUCUUUCAUUGAUAGCUUGUUCAAAAAAUAUGGCACAGACAAAUCAAUGGACUUGAAGCAGUUUGAAGCUCUGUUAAAAGAACUUAAGGUUGGAUCCAUGCAAGCUGCAGAAUCAGGCCACGGACAUCAUGAAAGUCAUCAUGAAAGUGAAAGUGAAUCAUCACAUGGACACCAUGACAAAGAAGAAAUGGGAUCGGAUAAGGUAAGCCAACCAAGAACAUUAACGAUUAGGUACAACUGGUUGGUCAGACCAGUUAAUGAGCCAUUCGCUAAACGCAUCUAUUAUUGAUCAGAAAUACCCAGUCAGAUCAGUACAUGCACAACAGUGGGUAAACACUAUUACAUCAUUAGUUUUCUACACAUUUUUAUAUUUUUCCUAUUUUUCUUGUACAUGUAAAUUGAUUUUGAAAACCCUAUUGGGAGAAUUAAUAAACAUACUGUAUUGUACUGGGGGGGGGGGGGGGGGGGGUAAGGGUGGUGGUAUUCAGCAUAAGCUCGAUCCCCCAAAAAGCCUGUUUGACUUUCAAAAUUACCUUACCAUCCCGCCAGUUCUGGCUUUCGGUAAACGCUCUUAAACAUUUCGAACUUUUUCGACGCUAUUUUUUGCGCAAAAGAGUAAAGAAGAGAGUUUUUGAUGAUGGCUUGGUAGCCAGGCGAGACGUUAACUGCAAAAAAAAAAAGGGAGACUCAAGUUUUUGGUGGCCUUCGAAUGCAGAUUUAUUUCGGGUUUACGCUUCCCCCUGCCAAAAAAAGUAACGUCUGCGUUAAGCCUCCAAAAAGGUUUCUGUGACUGGAAAGUUGUCUACGUUCACAGGCCAAGAGUAAGCUUAUAGCUUUACCCUAAAAUUGAAGGGUUUUAAGUUUACCGCUCUUCGUAACACCAGACCAGGCCAAGAUAACGUUAUUAAGCUUAUAUAUUUCGCAAAUCCUAACCCCUAAAGCCGUAUGGGAUUGUUUGGACGGUCUAGCUCAUUUUAUAAUUUUUCUUUGACCCUUUGCGUUCCGAGUCAAUUACAUAUAGAGAAAAUCUUAUAACUUUUGAGUCUGUGAAUCAAUGGAACGGUAUUAAAGUACUUUCAAUUGUAAAAAUCUUUUUUUACGCAUUGAUGAAAGCAAAAUUCAAAUAUUUCUCUCAAAGUUUUUACUGUGACUUGCCUAGUCCCUAGGCCUCAUCAUUAUGCGCGGCCGAUGCGUUUCGGGUCACGUGGUUCGAGAAAGUUUUUGAGGCCUAGACAAACUCGGAGAAGUGAGAAAUUUUGUCUGACUUGGGGCGGAGCGUUUGGAAGCGGGCGAGCUGUCAAUAACUUUUCCGCGCUGAUGAAAGAUGUCCAGCAGCCAUGGAGAGUACAGAGAAACGAACAUUUUUAUUCUAUGCACGUUUUCAUUGUUGAAAGUCGUUUGGCCUUUCUUUUCCAUUUAUCUCAUUAAACUGAUUUGGUUUUUAUUUCAUCUCAAAAACUAUUUGUAGGCUAAGCAAAACAGCGUCGCAAAAAAAUUAUUUGAUCAAGAAUCGGAAGGUAAGCUUAAGAAAUAAGUUUAUAUUUAUUCUUGGAUAUGACAAGCUAUCUUUCGUUUCUCUAUUUUCCCUUGCUCCUAUGAAUUUCUCGUUUUCACUUCGAAAUACUUUAUGUAAUUUAAUUUUUGGAUUUGGAAGCUUAUCAAACUAAUAAAACGGGCUGUUGAAUUUGGUCUCUAAAUUUGGUAGAAUGUCAACAAACUACUGUUUCAAUUCAUUUUAUCAAUAAAGACUAUGAUUUUAGUGGUUCAUUUGAAGAUGGACUAAAAGAGAAAUUACUUGCACGUUAUACAGUAGUAUUCUUUCCGAUUCGAAGUAAUAUUUUUGUUCUUUUGUAACACGAACUAGGUUAGUUAUUUUUGUAAAAGUGUCAAUAGUGCCGAUCUUUAGCGAAGGAUACUCACGGGCAAAGUUAUUUAUAGAUUAUUUCAGUUGACCGUAUGAACUUUUCAAAAAUGCUCACGCACGCGCACUCCGAGAUUGUCUGGGCGUUUCCCGGCCGUUCGUCUCGGAUACGUCACCGAAAUGCAUUGACCGAGAAGGCCUGAAAAGACGCGGGACAGGGACUAGGCAAACAUUUACCCAUAUUUGAAUCAAAGGGGAUAAGCUAUAAUCUCUAAAAGCUUCUAUGAAAGCUUGUGUUUAAUAUUUUUUUUUUAAGUUCGGCUAGUGUAAUCAUUUCGCUGUUUAGACUAUGCUUAAUGUUUAUCACUUAAAACAAACAACAUCUUCUACGGUUUUGUAGAACGAGUUAAGACGCGUAGAUUACAGACCAGCUGAGACUUCGAAUUUCCUAGUAGACUCAACUCAAUAUGUGUCUGGAUCCAUCAUACGUGACAGUUUUUGACUAGGAAUACCUAUUUAUUUUAGUUUCGAGAAUCUAUUUUUACAAAUCUGUACCUCCACCUGACAUAAAACAGUUAUUUCGAAGAAGGAUUUUUCGAGCCGCAUGGCAGGCGCUUUACGAGCCAAGCGAGGUGAAUGGGGCCUUUCGCGCAAAGCGCGAGACGAGGAUCACCUGACACUCUGUGUCGGCGUCUCGCGCUUCGCGCGAAAUAUCACCCCUCCUGGCUUGGCUCAUAAAGCGCCUGUCAAGGCAGGUGCAUUUCUAUGAGGGUGUCAAUUAGGUGAUAGUGACGUUUGAUUUCUUUCCGCAACGGUUAACUGCGUAUGUGAAAGACAAAACCGUUAUAAAAAAACGUUUACAUUGCGAAUACUGUAACCAGGGCCACUUAGACAAAGUUCACCGCUCUGAUUACAGGAAAAUAACUAUAGAUUUGGAGAAAGUUGGUUGUGGGCCAAUCAGCAGCUCGUAAAAAGACAUUAAGUUACUCGAAGCACAACGUUAAAGGUCGUUCCACUGAGUUUUCUUUAGGGAGUAUACUCCCCACUUUGAGCAUUUACUACGUCGGCAUUACCAUAUCGAUAUUAAAAUAUCGGUAAAAGGUUACCACAGCUGUACUAUAUAAAGAUGAACAUUUGCUAUGAUCCAUGUUUUAUUGACAUCAUAGUUUGCCAUGGCAACGUAAUGACGCCAUUACGUUUUACUUUCUUUUGUGUUUUUUGGCACCAGAAGUUUUUUCACAAAUCGCUUAAGGAAGCUUGUACCUCCCUUGGUUGCAUCAAUGAUGACAAAGUUUGAACAAAUUCUGUGAGAGCGUUUUGGAAAUAUUUUGAAACAAAGUUUUAAGGGUCAUAAAAACAGUGGAGAAACAUGCUAUCGACAUAAUUGGCUAAUAUCUAACGAAAAUGAUGAGGUCUGGAAAUGCAGUUUCAUCUCAGGUGGUUUGAUUCCAUCUUAAACUGCGUACGAAAAAAGACGGGGAUUGCUUUGGCCGAGGGACUGUCUGCAAAACCAGGAACAGGCUCGGGACACCCUGGGACAUCCCCGGAACACCCUCAGCUCCGGAAUACUCCGGAAGAACCCCCUAGCUUGCCGGACCUAGCCUCCCCCAGAACACCCUUAAUAACAAAACCAGAAAAAAAAACCUAAAAUAUUGUAAAUGAAUCAAUAAAUAUGUUUUAUCUGUAACUGGAAAACGGAGAUUGGGUCAGAUUGACGAAUUCACGCUACUUAACGACUUCUGAAGAUUUUAAGAAAGUAGUCCGUGGCCUUUAUACGAAUACUUACUAGCCUUGUUGUCUGAAAUAUAGCUGAAAGAGCCGCUGUUGAAGUCAAGAAAAAAAAGACCAAAAAAAAAUGUCUUCUAAAUAAUUAUCUUGCCGAUUUGAUGUCUACCGUGUUCGAGGACUAUCACUUACAAAAUUCACCUAUUUUGAUUCUUGUCUUGUUUUCUUUUACUUUGAUAUAUUGUCCUUGAUUAAAAAGAAAAAUAUUCUUGGUUUUAGUGUUUCAUUUUGAUUUUCCAGCUGAUACUUUUUUUUCUUUCGAGAGAGUAGUUUAUAAAUUGCAUAGAGAAUUCUUUGCUCUCUCGGUAUUUCCCGGAAGGGGGACAUGCACUCCCUUAUUUUGCCUUGACGGUUAUGCGCCGUUGAGCAGCGCAUGGUUUUCAGGUUCUUGGACUGGAAUCCUUUACAAGAAUGUGAAGGUUGGAUAUAAGCUGUCUACGUCUGUGGUACCAAUAUUUUUUACCAAAAAAUCCAACUCCACGAUGUUAAUUAGGUUGAGAAAUUACUUAGUUCUGUCAGCGAAACGAAUCAGGGUCCUAGAAUAAGGUCUCUUGUCUUAAGCGGGGUUCUGGGUCUGAAGGCCUCGGAGGCAAAACUUUACCCAAACUUUCCUUGAGUGCACCCCUCGGGUACGGUCCGUUAUGCUUUUCUUGGUCUGGAGCCCGAUGUCCUGUAGUUCCUCUGUUGGAAUGAAUACUUUUGGUUUAGCUUAACAGUCUAUGCGCUGCGACUGUUCUGAAGGUUGUUGAGGCAGCUUUUUCAGAUAGAGCACCCUCUCUGUCUUUUUCGGCCGUGAUAUAUGUCUGAGUGUCCUGGCCUUGAGUAUUGCUGACUAGCCACUUGGGAUCUUACCCACUUCACGUGGGUAAGGUCCAUAUUUAGCUCAUUUUGAAAAUCAAAAACGCCAUUUGAGAAAUCAAACGCUAUAAAUUUUGGAAAGAUUAGCUGGAAAAUCAAAAUGAAACACUAAAGCAAAAGAUAUCUUUCUUUUUAAUCAAGGACAAAAUAUCAAAAUCAAAGCAAAAAAACAAGACAAGAAUCAAAAUAAGUGAAUUUUAUAAGUGAUACUCCGCGAACACGGUAGACAUCAAAUUGGGUAGAAGAUAUUUAGUGAAAAUAUUGUAAAUCCCUUAUGGGCCAUCCUCUUGGGUCUCAUCUAACUCUUUUCUCUUUUUUUUUCUUGAGCUCACAGAGAAUGUUCUGCCUAAUAUAGAAAGCAAAUUUGAUGUGAUCAAAUGAAAGACGACUGCGAGCAGUGCAGCCACUAUUGUAGUUGCUGUGAACAAACUAAAUAAAUGCGGAUUUGAAUUUGUGAAGAUGUUGGGUUAAAAACAACGCAAACGUCCCCUGUGCCUCGUUUUAUAUUUAGGUUUGCCAUUGAAAAUCUUUGUUGUAAGAGAAACAACCCAGUAACAAGCUAUAAUAAGAAGGCUAGUAAUUGAACAAAGAGGUUUUUAGAAAUUACCACAAAUACGGCCGGGAUAAUUUGUUCAUCUACUUUUUGUUGCAGUGUUACUCUGCCGAAGUUCUGUUUGAAUCCUUCUCCAUUGAGUCAAAAAGAUUGAACCAAACUUCUUUUGAAAGGAUAUGCCCAGCCAUAGUACAACAAAUUGAAAGUAAAUCAUGUGAAAGUGGAAAGGAGGACAGCGGUGAUGAAAGUGAAAGUAAAGCCAAAGGUAAGCACUUACAUGUACCUUUUAUGACUCUCUAAGGUAUUUGAGCUCGUUAAUUAAGAUAUUAAGGAUAUAGGAAAUAAUUAAAACUGCUGCAGCAUCUCACCAGAACAAUGACAAUUUAACUACACCAACCACAGCAGAAUGCUAUGAUAUAGACAGCACUGCUUUAAACAUCACUGAACCUCAUAGCCCCAGAAGACUGGCGAAGAGCAAUCAAAACAAUUUGAUCCAUAACUCAGGUGAGGACACUGUAAAACUAUCAUCCUCUUUACUAUAAUUAUAUGUCAGAAAAAAGAGACCAAACUUUAUUUUUUCCUACGUUUUCUCCUUGUGAGCAUAGCCAAUGUAACUUGUGAGCAAACUCAAUGCAUCGCGCGCACUAUAAUCAAGUCAAUAAAAAUUAAAACUGUAACUAUUAUCGGCAAUGUCAGUAUCCAUUUAUUACUAUUACUGUAAUUAUUAUUGUUAUUAUAUUUAUUUCUAGAUCAUUAUUAUGAUUAUCAUUUAUGUUUUUUUAUCCUUAGUCUAACAUAAAUGUCAUGAAAAUCGGAGCUUAAAGUUAUCAGUAAUUCACAGAGCUCCUAUUCAGUCAUUUUAUAACAAGUUCUGCUCAUCAAAACCACAGGAAUAGAGGAACAGUGUGAAGACAUUCAAAUGUUUUUACAAGCGUUCACUGAGUUAAGCGUUAAUUAAGCUAAAACCUCAACUAUGUUUCUUACAAACCCUGAUUACAUCCUAAAAUUGCUUUUGGUGACUGCUUUCUUUUGUUGAUUUUUUUGUUGUUGUUUUCUCUGUUUUAGCUUGGGGAUUUGGUUUCUUGUCUGUGACCAUCAUCAGCUCUGCAUCUCUUCUGGGAGCUUUUAUAGUGCCGUUUAUGAACAAAUCAUUUUACAAGAUUCUCCUGCUGUUUAUGGUGUCUCUUGCUGUUGGUGUGUUGAGUGGAAGUGGAAUCAUUCAUCUCAUCCCUCAUGUAAGUUCCAUGAAAUAAAUGAAAACAUUAUUUUUGCUACCUUUUCUUUUUUCAAAUCCCUUCGUAAAUCUCCUGUGGUUAUAGUGCGGUUUACCCAAUAAUUCAGGUAAAUGUGGCUUUCAAACCUUUCAGAAGGUGAAAUGCAGUCCAUGUUUUUCCAGACUCUAUUUUCAAGAUAUUUUUUACCAUUUUUGGCAGACGUUUCUUGCGUCUCUCUCCACUGGAAGGGACUAUUGUUUCGUUAAACAACAAGCCUGAUCAAAAAAAAGAAAAAAAUAGGUGUACCUGCUGGGUCCAUUUAUGGCACAUCGAGGCUGGUCGUGUUUUUGUGGGGAUGGAGGGGGAUAGGGGGAAAUACAAGAUCGUUCCCAGGUUUCAGAUCUCCAAAGGCGCCUGUCUCCACGCUGUAACCCACAAACUGAGAAACUGACAUCUGAAAUCAUUAAAGCUGAAAAUCCUAUUCAAUCACAUUCUAGGUAACAUCACUUUCUCUCUUUAUUCUUCCUCUUCAGUUUCCUCACUACGUGACCGGAACAGUAUCCUCAUGAACAAUUAAUUUCCGGUACUUUGUUUAAAGGGCAAAUUGAAUAAUUGGACUUCUCCUGGCAAUUUAAAGACGUUUUGAAAUACCUUGUUACAUGUAAUUUUCGCGAAAUGUUUAGGUCGCGAUUUUCAUGUGCGCAUAUUUCGCGACACGUAAAUUUCGCGAUUUUGCGAAAAUUUCAUAUUUUGAAUCACUUUAAUUUCUCGUUUUUGAGUACAACAAUUAACAUUUCAUAAGCAGUUUCGUUUAAUACGUCUUUGAAGUAAAUAAAAUGACUUUAUCAAAGGUACAAUAACGUCAAAAUUGAGAGAAACGCAACAAAAGGAAUAAAUGUCACCAGUAACAACAAAGCAGUCGCAAUGUCCACAAAACGUUUCAUGCUUGUACGUGAAUUAUUGUUCUUGAGUCAAUUGACCACAACACCCAUUUACACUGACAAUUCCUCAGAAAAGUAAAAAAUGUGAUUUUGUAAACGUUUCAGUGGUAAAAAACUCUAUGGACAUAAUGGACAAAAUGUGAGUCACUUGAUUUUCGCGUCAUGUUAUGUUCGCGACACUUAUUGUUCGCGUCACUUAAAUUUCGCGAUUUUUUUUUGUAUGGCGAGAUUCGCGAAAUUAACGUGUCGCGAAAAUUUCAUGUAAUAAGGUACCCGUGAAAAACCUUCAAAAGAAUUUGCAGCCUUAUACAUAAAAAUUGUGACUAAAUAUUAGCAGAUGCAGAUCUUGAAACAUACGCACGUUUAACGUGCACGAGCUAUUUUGAAUGCUUCAGUGUAACUGUACCAAGAAUCUACCUUUUUUGUGCGAAAUUGGGUAUGCUGUACAUGAAUGAAAAGUCGAAACGCUCAGCUGAGUUGGUGCUCAUGCUAUAUGUUCUCUCUUCUCUAUCUUUCCUUCAGACAUCUGGUGUAAAUUAAACAAAUUGUUCAAGUGCAAUGAAUAUCAACUCACAAAACGCUGCUUCGAAGGGAAAGUCGAAGGUUUCCUCGGAGUUUCUUUAGAUAACGUCGCUCAUCGAAGACCGAAUAGUUAAGAAAUAUCACGAUUUUUAUCCUUGUGGUAGAUGGUUGCAUCUUCAUGAUUCACGAGGUUUUCACGUGCGAUUACACUCAAUGCAACAGUCUCUAACUUUGACUACUUAAAUUUUCAUGUUUUAAAAGCUAUUGCUUCUUUUAAAAUAGACAAGAUCCUAUACUUAAGGUAUUGGUUACAACACUAAACAGGUCCUCAUCCGUUCAAGUUACAAUUAUUACUGUGAACAGCCAAUCUACAUGAGAUGUAGGGCGCGAUCCAUUCAACCAACACUCAGACCGGUCCGACCGGGAAAAGUGGUCCACCUCAAAAUGUGCACCAGUUUUUUCGAAACUUUUCCGGUGGGACCGAACCGAUCUAUGGAGUUUUGGACCGAAAUUUCCGGAAAUUUUGGUUGAAUGGAUCGCGCCUGUACGGUCACACAGCUGGCACGCGGAAGUGUUGGACUUUGCCCCUUUUCGUGGUUUGUACGUAAGGGAAUUCGAGUUAUUACACAAUAAUCUAGUAAGCAGGGUUAUAAAAAUAGCUCAUACACACAAUUUGCACGUGAAGAUGUUGGACUUUGGCCUCUUUUACAAUUAGUACGUGAAAGAACGCAGAUUGUUUACAAGAUUAACUUGCUCAAGCGAUUUUACGAAAUCACCCCCUUUACGAACAUCUGCCCUAACAUCAUUAUUUACUUCCAAGAAAAUUAUCAAACUGUCGAAAUGCUGAUUUCUACUCCUGUCAUGUUAUUCCACUCAAUGAAUAAAAUUCUCAUUAUUUUGUCAACUGGCUACUUCCAAGUUUGUUCGCUAACGCUAUUGUUUCAACAAUAGUUACGCAUCUUUACGAAGUCCGACUACUACUAGUAGUUGACAGUACAGCUGCCCCCACUCUGUAUAUGGUCGGUCAAUAGUAUUCUUUGUCGUUGCGUAGGAACAACAAUGUAAAUACAUCUACCUGAAAAAAAAAAUGUUAUUUCCUACACUACACAUAGCAGAAGAGCUAUUCCCUUAUUUUUCAAAAUUACCUAUUUCCAUGGAUACCAAAAACCAAUCUUGGCAUCCGCAUAAUGAGAUACAUAAGAGUGAUUGUUAUAUAGCAGGAAAUUUCUUCCCAACAGCGCGCGCUCUCAUUGGUUACUUUGUUACAUGACAUCUAACAAUGAAACUGUUUCCCGCCAAAAUCUCCUAGCGGUCAACAUUGCAAAAUCUAUGACGUCAGAGGGUAACAGUCCAUUGUUCCGGCGAAUGUUGACCGUCGACCGCCGUUAUAGCGAGAUUAAAUGGAUUUCCAGCUUCAAAAUUUCCAACUACAUGACUGUAUAUAACAAUCUCAAAGCUGAGUUUCUCGGGAAAAAGACCAGUCAUUAAGUGUUUAAUGUUAAUAGGAUUUGAUCGAGUUAUUGUUGAAGUUAUUUUUUCUUCCUCUGACUCCUUCUGUUAGGCAUUUGGUUUUCAUGCUCAUGAUGGAGAACUGGGAUAUUUGUGGAAAUGCCUUGUGAUCAUCGGUGGAAUAUACUCCUUCUUUUUCUUGGAAUAUGUCAUGAGAAUGAUUGUCAGGUUUAAAGAGCAGUCCACAUGUGAUAAUCAUGAUAAAAACGAAAUGGUAAGUGAUCUCAUGAGCAAUUUGUCACUUGCACAAAUUUGUUGAACCUCUACUUUUCGUAGGUAUUAAAGACGAUAUAUAGUAGAUUGUAAGCUGUACCUCAUUCUCUCUUGUUGUAAGACAUUGCAGUAAGAUUUUCAACACCACUUGAAGAUAUUCUGAUAGCUAUGAAUCAAUAAUACCAGCUAAUUAAUAUACAUGUAUAACAAUUAUUCACUGAAGUGGAGGUGCCUAGUGGUGGAUAUUCAGUGAUAUUUAGCAAGCCGAGAGAUAAAUAUCCACCACUAACCAUCGGGUAAUUGUUUUAGCGAAAACAGUGAGAUAAUUGAGCACAAAAAUGAUGAUUUUUGACCCAUUUACUGCUACCAACGAUCAAAAUUUUGGCGCAGAAUUGAUCAAACGGUCGACGCGUUUUCUUCCCGACAAAUAAAACGUUUCAAUUUGUUUAGCUCUUGCGGGGAAAUUUCUUCUGUUUGUAUUUAAAACCAUUCUGUAAAAAAAUAACUAUUAGAUUUAGUUUUCAGCUUAUUUAUGAAAAUGUCUGCUUGAGAAAUAAAGUAAGGCAAGACUUAAUUUGCAUUUGUAGACAAAACACUCUUUCACCGGUUUCAUCGAUAAAUUCAGGUCAAACAGACAAAUCCUUACCUGUUAAAACUUCCAAACAGAAUUUCGUCACCUUUCUUCGUGUUUUGGAAACAGCUUUUUUGAUUAUUCGUGAAAAAUCGUUAAGGUUGUUACGGCAGCAAACUCGGGAAGCCAUUUUGCUCGUACAUGAACUUACUCGAUUUUGACGCCGCUCGCUCGGAGGAUCAGGAGGUGAAUAGCACUGGAUAUCCCGAGUUUAAGCAGACAAUCAGAGCGCGCGAAAAACACUACUCACUGUUUAAGUAUAGUAUACUAAAUAAAUUUGGCGCGCCUAACUGUGAAGCUUCCGGAGAAAAAUAACAAACACAGUUUACUUGCUCCGCUUUAAUUUGUGGACAUGCAGGCCGGACCUGAAAACGCUUUUUGAAAGUUUUCGCCAAGAACCGAUUACUUCUGUACAUACUAUUCGGAAAUAAAAUAAACUCGUCGUUUGGUAGGACUUAUUAAAAAUGCAAUACUAUUUAGGACGGGACCGUCUAGUAGGCCCGUUCUUCCUAAUGGUAAGAUCCUGCGUCACUCCAAAAUAACACAUAAAAGAGAUGCUUAGGAAACUGUUAAAAAAGAGGCCAUUUUCUUUCUUGCUGCUGCGUCGACCUGGCAGUGCACCAAUACUAACCUGUCAAUUGUUGUUACUUAUUGAGAUACUGUAAACUGCUGUUUAUAACCUCCCUCAGGUAUAGAGCGUUUUCACAUGACGUCAUGGCGGCCAUUUUGGUGUUCCAAAACAAUGAAACGGCGGCUAUGUUGGUGUACUAGAAAAAACAUCUGGGAGUUGAAAUCUUUUCUCAUGUAAACGCUUUCUUUUUUCCAAUAAAUUUGCAUAGACGCUGGCCACUCGAGUGAAAACGCUCUAGAAGGCCCCCCCCCCCCCCCCCCCCCAAAUAUAGGCCCAUCAUAUGUAUUGACAUGAAUUCGAUUUAAUAUGGCGUUUUGAAGCUCAAAAACGAAUAAAUGUAAGACGUAUUUUGAUAAACACUGCCAUAGCUUGUUUCGAAGCGCUUUUAUAUUCCGGUUAUAAGCCCUCCUAUUAAACCCCUUACGAAGAUCAAUAAACCCAGGGUUAUAAGCUCCAAGGCUCCCAGUUUAUAUGCGGCAGUUUACGGUAAUUUGUAUUCCUUUUUUUUUUCAAAUCAGGACAAUACCACGGGUGACAUACCCGCAGCAGGUAUCGCUGAUGUUCAGCUGCAACUGUAUAAAAAGAACCGUGAUCACCAUAGUGCCCUUCAUAAUCAUGGCGCUUCCUUGCCAGAUGUGAAGAUCUGUGGAAAUGGGUCAACGCCAAAUGGCUUUCCAAAUGAGGUAUAAGCCUAGACAAACAAACAACUAACAUACUUUUCAUAUAAUGAUUAUUUUUAACAACCAUCAAUUCAUUAAUAUGUGGACAAUAGCUAUUGUAGUUUUUUACUCAGCCUUUCGGGUUGCGUGACAACAACAAUUAACAUCAAGCUUUAUUUUGCAGGACCAUACAAGAACAUACAGUAUUGCAAAAGCUAUUUAUAAUUAUGUCUUAAGAAUAAGAACUAAAAUUUCAUCACUGGCCAAUUAAACUAAUUUGUUAAUAAUUCGUCGCGAAAGUCAAAGCAAGCAGAAAUAUUUUUCAUGAAUUAGAAAUUAAUAUAGUAAUUAGAUGUGUUCAUCAGUUCAUUGAUCAAAACGUUCACAGGUAACUGGGUAAUAUUUGGAAUCAGAAUCUUAACUUUAUUGUAAAAAUUAUUCCUAAUCAAAGAGCAUUUUGAACAAUUGAAAAGAAAGUGAAUUUCGUCUUCUAUUUGAUUGGAUCCACAAAACAGGGCAAUUCCUAUUAUCUUUAGUAGUUUGAUUGUAUCUACCAAGUUCUAUCAUUAGCUUGUGGUUACUUAUUCGUAGUUUUACCAAUUUCUCUCUCAGCUGUUCCUCUCGUUAAGUCUAGGUAAUUAGAAGUGGUAUGAUCGCUUUUAAAAGAUCUAAAAAAUUCUAGUUUUUGAGAGUGGUGAAGGGUGUUUUGCGUGAAGACACUGAGGAACGGCUCUGUAGAAGACAAAACAAUAGGCAACGUACUACCUCGUACUACCGAAACAGGUAGACCACGAAUUCAAAAAUACGCGUUACAGUUGAUUUUGGUGCCAGACGUUAACGACUUAGGUCAUGUGGAUUUGUUUGUCAGACCAAAAAGGUGAACUCACACGUGGUCACAUUCUUUUCUUAUUGCUGACUUUGUUGUUUGCUCAUCAGAGUGGUCAGAGUUUAUAUAGCGGUAGAGGGCUGCAACCGAAAGAACUUUAAUCCGCAAGGAAAAAUUUCUCUAUUUUGGUUGACUUAGAACUUGGCCAAUCUUCAGCCUCCCAAGUGCUCAGGAAAGUGACCACGUGAGUUCACAUUUUUGGUUUGAAAAAUAAAGCCACGUGACCCAACUCGUUAACGUUGGGCGACAAAAUCAACUGUCACGCAUAUCUCUGAAUUCGCGGUGUACUUGUCUCGCUAGCAUCAACUCCAAAUUACAUUGUUUGCAAAUCAAACAGACAAGUGCACGAAUUUUUGCAUAUUUGGAAGUACUGAAUCUUAUUUGAGUACUGGUGAUGUACCAGGAAAUUGUUUCCAUCUUAUGAAAAGAAUACAUAAGAAUCUAAAUUUAUUUUUUUUAAAAUUACAUUGGGCGCAAAUUAUCAUGAUAGAGAUUCGAAAAUUUGGAAAAAAAGUGGAAGUUGUCGACUGUAUUACUAGGAAAGGGAAAUUACUCUUUGUUCACAACUUGUUGGGAUAUUGAGGAAUAAAUGAUUUUAUGGUGGUAAAUUAAAUUGUAAUAAUUGUAAUGUUUUUUUAAACAAAACACAGGCGUCUUCGCAAAAUAGCAAAAAAUCACACGAGAAGAAGAAAAUUGCUCCUGUUGCAUGGAUGAUCAUUAUUGGUGACGCUCUUCACAACUUUAUCGAUGGGUUGGCAAUUGGUGCUUCAUUUUCCAGUUCAAGAUAUAUUGGUGUCAGUACUUCACUUGCGAUAUUCUGUGAAGAGCUGCCACAUGAACUUGGUAAGUACUAACUUUGAAAGGCUAUGUUCAUACUAUACCGGAUAGAUUUUGCACCGGCAAGAAAACCAUACUGUAUAAGGCUUCUGUUCACAAAUAAAAACAGUGAAUUGGGCGCGAUUUCUGUAACGGAGCGAAGCUGCGCCGCGCCGAUCUCGUGAGAAAAGUGGAGAGUCACAUAGCGGAUAGCUGUUCACACUUAAAACUGGAUAGCUUUCUGUGUCGGCACGAAAAGUUAUCUGGUACUGAGUGUGAAUAGUGGAAUUUAGAAAAGUUAUCAAAAGAACUGCGAGCAACAAAGUGUUAAGGUAUAUAAUUACACUUUCACUGCUUAUUACAAAACAACUGAAAUUUUUGUCCUGAUAUAGAUAAGGGCGAGCUGCAUGGGGAAAUUGUUUUUUGAUUUUACAAAACGUUUUUGAAAUGCUCCCCAGGUGACUUUGCAGUUCUUCUGAAUGCUGGUUUGUCAUAUAAAGCCGCAUUGGCCUUCAACUUUUUGUCGGCAUGCACUUGUUAUUUGGGGCUUGUCAUUGGAUUGUUGCUAGGUUACACAACGUCCGCUGUCACGUGGAUCUAUGCUCUUGCUGGUGGAUUGUUUGUCUACAUUGCUCUUGUUGAUAUGGUAAGUUGCACCUUAAAACCUAAAGGCCUUCGCAGAAAAUACCAUAAUAUUCAUUAAUGGGAAAGAAAGAAUAGAAUUUGUGUGGAAGAUGAGUUUACGUUUAAAAGCUCGGUAAAGGAUAAGGGUCACCUUUUAUAGAUAUAAUAUACACUUAAUGUCAGAUCCCAAGGGAAACAGUUAGUUUUGUUCUCCCGAGACGAAGUCGAGGGAAACAUCAGGACUCGAGGGAAAACAAAACUAACUGCUUCCCGAGGAAUAAUUGAUGAGAGAUUCUGCAUAAAAGCAAGCAUAAAAUCGAGCCACGAAGAACACCGUCUAGUGUUAGUUAUUAAGUACGUUUUUUCCCUUCAUGCUAUUAGGAUUCAAUUUAAUUAUAUCUUGCCUCAUUACUUAAAAAAAGUCCUUUAACUAAGUGGUACCUUGCAUUACCUAUUACAUUCUUUUUGUGAUAAACGUUAUCUUGCAUGAAACUGGAAAAAAAGCCCUGUAAAUACGCGUUUUCAAGAUUAGUUCCAUCUAAGGGGCAUAGCGUCUCUCCCACGUCUGUAAUGGUCUCCUGACCAGAUUCUAGACAGAUUUAUAUCAUCAGCAUAUAAUUUUUGAGGACAAAAUGCAAACGCUUCUCUCACAAAACAUCCCUGUCAGCGACGAGCAAUGAGAGACAGCUGUUUAGCACGCUACGUUAUCACUGCUUUGAUCAUUAUCACAAAUUAUCAAACCUUAUCCGCUUCUAACAUUUAUUUCCUGUUUAUUUUAUUGCAGUUACCGGAAGCUUGUGAAAUGUCAGCUAAAAUCGGAGAACGUUCCAUUCGCCGAAACAUCAAGGCCUUUGCUCUUCAGAAUUUUGGCAUACUGCUUGGCUUUGCUAUUAUGCUUAUUUUAGCUCUCUACGGAGAGACAAUUUCAGUUAAGUAG